AUGGAUGUGUCUGUGGCUUUUCCUCAGAAGGAAUGGGAGCAGCUGGAACCUGGGCAGAGAAACGUGUACAAGGAUACAAAGCUAGAGAACUGCAGCAAUCCAGCCUCGAUGGGAAAUCAAGAUCCCAAACAAGACCUAGUCUCUAAGUUGGAUGGAGAAGAAGAGCGGUGGUCUUCAGUGAGGGCGAAUAAGAACAGCUCAAGUAGUCUGCACAGACUCAAGAAAACAGGAACCAGUGCAAAGGUCCAACAAGAUGGUGCACAGACAGAGGGGAAGCAGAAAUUCCAAAGGAAACUCACUACAGAAGUGACAUUCAGGAAGAAAAGUUCAAACAGUAAGAAAAGCAGUGAGUGUACUUUGUUGGAGAAGAAAAAUGUCCAUUCAAAACACGAUCCUUCUGAAAAAAGAUUGCAUAAAUCCAAUUUGUAUGGGAAGAACUUGAAUCAGAAUUUAGACUUACCCAGUCAGAUUAAUCUCUGCGAAAGGAAACCCGAUACAGCUGUCGAAUAUAGGAAAUCACUCAGCCAUUCUGCAUCCGAUGUGAACAGAGAUGAAAUUUCAACUAGAAAGAAAUGUGACAAGUCACCCAACAAUAAAUUGUUUGGUAAAGGUGACAAAAACCAAACAGGCAAGAAAUGUGAGAAAGUAUGCUGUCAUAGCACGUCCCAUACCAAGGAAGACAAAAUUCAUACCGGGGAGAAACAGAAAUCGCCCCGCCGUAGUCCAUCUAAACCCAACAAGGCUCCAGGCUCUGGGAAACCUUAUGAAUGUAAUCAAUGUGGGAAGGUCCUCAGCCAUAAACAGGGGCUCCUUGACCAUCAAAGACCUCAUACCGAGGAGAAACCAUAUGAAUGUAACGAAUGCUGGAUAGCUUUCAGCCAAAAGUCCCACCUUGUCGUACAUCAGAGAACUCACACUGGAGAAAAGCCAUACGAGUGUGUCCAGUGUGGCAAAGCCCACGGUCACAAACAUGCCCUCACUGACCACCUGAGAAUCCAUACCGGAGAAAAGCCCAACAAAUGUAACGAAUGUGGCAAAACCUUUAGGCACAGCUCAAACCUUAUGCAACACAUAAGAUCUCACACGGGCGAGAAGCCGUACGAGUGUAAGGAAUGUGGCAAAUUCUUCAGAUAUAAUUCAUCUCUCACCGAACAUGUGGGAACACACACGGGCGAAAUACCCUAUGAAUGUAAUGAAUGUGGCAAAGCUUUUAAGUAUGGCUCAUCCCUGACUAAACACAUGCGAAUUCAUACAGGCGAGAAGCCAUUUGAAUGUACUGAGUGUGGGAAGACUUUUAGCAAAAAGUCACACCUAGUUAUCCAUCAGAGAACUCACACGAAGGAGAAACCUUAUAAAUGUAAGGAAUGCGGAGCCUUUGGACAUAGCUCAUCUCUUACCUACCAUCUGAGAACUCCCACCAGGGAUUGCCCCUUUGAAUGUAAUCGAUGUGGUAAGGCCUUUAGGCAAAUUGAGGGUCUUACUCAACACCAGAGAGUUCAUACAGGAGAGAAACCCUAUGAGUGUGUAGAAUAUGGAAAAGCCUUAAGUCAGAAGUCACACCUCAUUGUACAUCAGAGAACUCAUACAGGGGAGAAGCCCUUUGAAUGUUAUGAGUGCGGAAAAGCCUUCAGUGCAAAAUCACAACUUGUUAUUCAUCAGAGAUCCCACACUGGAGAGAAACCCUAUGAGUGUGUUGAAUGUGGUAAAGCCUUCAAACAAAAUGCUUCUCUUACCAAACAUAUGAAAACUCACUCGGAAGAGCAAUCUCAGGAGGAAGAUUAAUGUGGGAACUCUGACAGCUGACUUGUUUGGUAUUGUUUAACCUUCAAGAUGGUCUCAGUUUGAUGAUGUUAGAGUCUUUUUUUAAGAGUAUGAAUCUUUACAUGAGAUCAUUAGAUGGUAAUAAAGUUUAAACUUCAUCCUAAACCUUUCCAGGAAAUACUGUGUUUUUACACUUGUUACAAAUUGUCUCCAUAUUUAGAUUAAAAUAGGAAACUCUUAAAAUUGUGAACAAGGAGAUGAGGAGAUAGCGUAAUCAGUAAAAGCUUGUUAAGCGGUAUAGAGAUCUGAAUCCCAUCCCUAGGACCCACGUCAAAAUCUAGAUGUG